AUGCUCUCAGACAAGAACCUCUAUGUAUUUCAUCAUGUUUUCCUGCCACCGAAGCUGCCAGAAGGGGAUGACUACACAGCUCAGCGUGACGCGUUCCUGCUGGAUAGGGUAAUUCAUGCUUUGAGAGAAUUCAAAUGCGAUACGCGCUCCGACUGGUCUGGCAUUCUGUUCGAUGUUACUAUGAUGCUCACACGGUUGAGAGCCAUUUGUGGGAAGCAUGGUGCCGUGGAUGAAGUCGAACUGCGAAAGGCGCUAGUACAACUGGGAACUGAAGGUGGUUUUCUCCCCAUAUACGCUCGUUGCCAAAAUGCUGCUGUCUUGAUGACGAGGGUAGAUGAUGCAGUACAUGUCGAGUCUUGGGAACUGUCUCCGCGCAACGAAGCUGUAAUAACGACGGUUGGACGAUUGAAACGACAGUUUCCGGGGGCGACGCUUUCGUUGGACCUGGCAACCUUCAAUAAUCCAAGCCUCCAGAGGACAAUCGCGGAAACCUUGGCAAAACUGAGCCACCAAUCCGCCCCAGGGACCAUGAGCAGAGUCAAGAAAAAGCGCAAGGAACAUGAUGAGGACAGAGACACAAUUCAUCCGAAGAUGGUGACAGAGCUCUUCACAGCAUUUCUACGGCCAAUGUGCAGAGACGUUGAAGUGCCACAAAUUCAGAAGCACACCCGUGAAGAAGUGAUGUGGCUUAAUAGCCGAUUCCCCUGGCGCAGGUCGGCACUCUGGCUCCUGAUCCGUGUAGUUCUACAACUGGCGUUUCAUAGGUCGUCGCAAAGUAAGAGGGCCUCCGACAGCCUCUACAAACAAUUCAUGGUAUAUUUCAUGAGUUCCAUCCUGGCAGUGUCCCAAGAAUCAUUGCCAAAUGAAUACUUGCUUGCGAUGAGUGCCAAGAUCGGCCGCCGGCUACACAAGUUGGAUCUGGACUAUGAGCCCUUGUGGUUUAGAUCCGUUCAGGAGAGCCUUGCCGCGGCAAGUAAAACUCUUCAACAUCGCAGGGAUCAUGCUACCGGACAGGACCGUAACCGCAAUGACCUUCCGUCAUUGGCCAGGUUAAAUUUCAGCGAAGAUAUUCAUUGCACUCUGACGGGCCUCGAUCGGUAUCUGGAAGAGGCCGAUGAGCGAGGACAGCGGGACGGUGUCUCAGUCGACUUUCAGCCCGAGUCGCAUCUGUUGGCAUACAGAAGCGCAGACCUUCCAGAUCGCCCAGAUAUCUCAAAUAACGGCUAUGAGGUAUAUAACCUUGCCGCAUUUGAGGACUGGGUCGUUACAUCACUGGAUGGCUGGCUUAAGUCCAGUAUGGACAUGGACUCCACAUGUGGCCAACUGGCGGAUUUAAUAACAUGGUACCAUACUACUGCAUCUGUAGUAUAUUCCUCUAACCCUGAGGCCAUAUCAAUCAUGUUUCUUACCAUUCUAGAGCUGUGGAUUGCAUGUGACAAAGCUGCCAUUCACAUACACGGGAUUCUUCAUGAUUAUGAUGCUUGUAUCCCCGUGGGUAUGUUUCAGUCGCUUUUGUUACCUCGUCAGUCGCACAUGAGAAGGCUUGCGGAUGCAGAAAGGUACCUUGAUCAACGAAGACAAGACCAGAGGUAUUCAGGGCCAGGCAUCUUUGGAGAUUACGGUACACCGAACUGUUUCUCCGUUAGAUAUUACGAUACAUCGGCUGAGCACCAGAGAUUGCACGCCGCAAUUGUGGAGCGAGCAGAGCAAGAGCGAAGAUCGAAGCUUGCUGAGCUUCACGACAAACAACAAAGAUAUGCAGACCUUUACCACCGUAUUGAUAGUAUGGACUGUAGCUAUCGUGAUGUUCUUGUGGAUCGAGAGUUUGAGGUAUAUGAGACCCGUCACCAUCCAUCAUGCCAGAAGUGCAAGUAUCAGCAAGAGGCAGAUUCUAUUCAAAUCAAAGUUCAUGAAUGGCCUCUCCCAGAGCACAGUCUCCAAGCAAAAUCGACAAUUUUCGAACUAAAAGUGCCUAAGGUGUUUGCACGUUGGCGAGAUGUCACAACUUUCUUUAUAUUGGUCGUCCUGGGUGUCGACUAUUCCACCAAGGAGGUACCAAGAGCCAGGUACACUCCUCAGCGGCAUAGUGGCCUAUCAUCAUUCUCUUAUGCAUCUAGUGGUGCGUACCGAAUUACACUCCUUUCACAAAUAAAGCCGCAUGAAGGGACACAUCGACGGGAAAAGCGCAUCAUCCAUGUGGGUGAAGACGAGGUUUGUCUAGCAAACGGUAUGUCUCUUCAGUAUUACGAUAAUAUCAAAGGAUACUUCGUCAGUGGAUUUACACUCACGCAUGUUGUUGCUGAGUCGUGCAUGAUGAAAUUACCCCUCUCAAAUUCCGGCCUUCAGCGGUAUCUUUUUCGACCUGCGGACAAGCCAGACGGCCUGCCGCCAAACUCGGUUAUCGCAUCGCAAGGUGAUUGCCCCGACAGCAUGUCGCUCGCAGAAUGCAAAGCACUUUGUACGAUACCCUGUGGCGUUGAGAUCCAGUGGCAAAACGUUCUACACCAACUGGCAAUGCCGGCUGUCGUGUUCAAUAAAGUGGAGACUGGAAUAUUUAUCCAUCAAGUAAUAUACCAAGCAGGACCGCCGUCUGGAAAUGCAAUCCAACGGAAAGGACAUAAGAUUCUCGAUGAUAGCAAAUUUACUACUGCUUUACUUUCGAAGAUCAAGGAUGAAAUGAAAAGAAUCGAGCGGAACUGGGAAUCAGCACAAGAGCUCAGUGUCCUAGUGUCACUUGUUCUACGACUAUUGUCUCUUUCAAGUUCUACAGACAUGCAGCGGCUGUCAAUGGACUUAUUAAGAGAUCUCCGAGACAUAGCUUUCAAGUGGGUCAAAUCACUUGGGGAGAGAGCGAGUGGUAUGGCUGUUGACGGAUACAAAACCAACUUGAUCGCGCGGCAAGUUCAUCUGGCACUGGUGUGCGUGAAAACAUUUGACUCAGAGGGUAGUACACUCGAGCAGAUGUUUACAGAAAAUCCAGCUGUGUCAACAUACCUCCAAUGUUGCAUGAUAAUACACGACAAAGCCCACGUCCUUGAUUUGGGCUCUGAUACUGCACUUCCUGUUUUAUUUUAUCGCUGGCGGGCUUUGUCGUAUCGUAGCUACCAUUUACUCCAAAACAAGAUACGUGCUGGAGAUAGCACGGCACUGGAUAUGGCUAUCACGCGCGCUUGGGCCGCGUACCGCCCUGGCACUGGAUGGUCGAUGUCCGAGCAAGCUAAUGACCCUUGGGUAUCUAGACGGAUGGGGUGUCCAACGGCCAGGGAUAGUAGCUUGAUGAUCUAUUUCAAUUUACUGACGAGCGAACUACUCAUCAAUGGCCUGCCGUUAGCUCGUUUGCCGGCGGCCUAUGAGCGCCACGGAAACUACAGGUUGCUUUUCGGACAAGCAGUUUUGGAAGUGAUGCCCAGUGAACUCCCCGGGAUGAGCUUUUCCUGCCAGAAGGAAUAUGAGGGCCACGUUGUCCAUCUGGGAAAUCAAGCACUGCCCGACUCGCAGGAGUUCAAUCUUUGUGCUCGAGUGGCAGCAAACGGUCAGACCUGGGAAUUUAUCCCACCGCAGCUGUUCGCCAGCCUGCUCCCGGACGCGUUUGUAGAGGAAUUUGCGCAUUGGUAUGAUUUGGACAAGAAGCACGUAGAGUUCCGUCCAAUAAAAGAGCCAUGGAAACCAUCUUCUGUCAAUUGGCGACUACAACGAAACAGCUCCCAAACUGGCUGGAUCCUCGAAGCGGAUGGAGUCUGUCUGGUCAAUGUCAAUAGCUCAACGGCAAAGGGGUUAUCGGACAUUCUUCAGCCCAUCGAAAGACCGUUGAAGCUACACUGUAAGUAUCACUUAGCAUCAUCAGCACUAGAAAUCGACAUCCCGAGGCUUCGGUUGGGAUUUGAUCUCCAAUCUGGGAACUCGUCGAUUCACUCCCGUCAGUACCGUGGCUUGUCGAUUGACACCGAUCAGUCAUUGGGGACACUGGUUGGGUUGCAGAAUAAGCUUAUCCUAGUCUCCAAAGACCUCCAGGAACGCAUGGUUCUUAUACCGGAAGGGACUGUGUCCUGGGAAAAGGAGCGCCAUCACAUGCGGGUCGAGAUUGGUUGGGACGCCACCGCUAAUCUUCACGCAUAUUCUGUGAAAAGAGACUUGGGUUGCUUAGCCGAUAACGGGAACUUACAGAGUAAGCUGCUACUAUGCUAUUUGCACGCUUUGACAUCAUUAUGUGUGCCCGACCCACUUACGCAAAAGACGGGUACUGAGCAAGCCCUGUCCAUCCUUCGCUCCGCUGCAGUAAGAUCCUUUCAUCGAUUGCGACCAGAAAAUAUAGCAAUAUUAACAAAGAUCGCACAUCUUACCCCAAGCCGCAAAUGCUAUCCUGCCAAUGAACGAGUAAUGCAAACCAUUACAUGGCAAAGAGACCUAGGGUUUCUGAUGCAGCACUGUGGAUUCUAUGAGGAAGUCACUGCUAUAUUCCACCAUGACCGCCGGAUGGAAAUGUUUAAUCCUGAUAUACAAACGACACGCCCACCGCUACCCGCUAUAGAUAAAGAUUUACAGAAACGGGAUCAGAUACGCUCGUCCGCAUUUCGCGUAUAUGGGUUUGGCGCCGAGGACCACACAGAUAAAUACGAUAGACCUUACACCGGGCUGGAUACAAACCGCGAGUCCGUAGAGGCGUCCCGGGCUUUCCGUUUGGCCAAGAUUGUCUACGACAAGAUUCCUUGCGCACAAAGGUUCGUGGUGAAGGGAUUAACAAAGACGCUUUGGAGUUUUAUCUCCAGCUUCGGCCUGACUCAGGGCUCAAACACUCCGCUCGAUCUAAACUCUCUCAAAUACGACGCGGGAUUGCUUGUAGAACCAAACAUUCUGGUCUCCGCGUACUGGUGCGGUAUACACCGACAUAUUUGUUCGGAACACUCGUCAUUGGAUAGGUUCCAAUUAAUGAUCUGGCUCUGCACCUUGGGAUUUGCGAAGAACUGCAAUAUGGCUGUGCUCGAGACGUUAGCUGCACUUCACGCGGUGCGAGAAAUGGCCUCUGUUGCUUUACCACAGCAUGACUCAUAUACUCUAGAACAGGGGUAUCAAUUUGACCAAGGCAUUAUUGUAUCUCGCAUUCAGUCCGCUCAACUGACACUGACUCCAGAGUCGAAUAUUUCCCGAAAACCCUAUGAAACCACGAAACAGUUCAAGUCGCGUUGUAGUGAACUACGGAAGAAGAACAGGAACAAAGUCCGCGAUUGGUUCGUAACGGAGCUUAGGAGUCAAUGGCCAGCCCGAUCCGCAACAUUACCUAGCACUCAAGAUAACCCUCGAUUCAGUGAUUACUUUGACACAUGGCAGGCUAUGAAAUCGGUGAACCAGAUGUUUUACGUCUGGUUCAGUAAUUGUGCAUUCAGAGGAUAUCUAGAGACCAUUGCACAAGUAUUAUGUCACCAACCUGUUCACUCUGUGGAAAUGUCGGCAAUGCGAGCUUCUCCAUUAUACAUAGCAUCUUCUCCCCGGGAGAGGUGUGGAUUCCUCUCCGUGGAUGACCUACUAGGCCCAUCACCACCUGUUUUGGAUGUGGAGCAGCCCUACCUAGAAAAGCUUCUUUACUCAAGCCCGAUCGCGGGGAACUUGACACGUCCUCUUGUACAAUUUGUCAGUGCCCUUGCAUCGCAGUCACGGUCACACUUCGAGAUGAGGUAUGUGGAUCAAGUACGCAGCAGUGUCAGAUGCCUCUUGGAAACGAAAAUGUCGUGGAAUGUCAAGAUGGACGACGAUCAAUUGGAACCGGUACUCCUGGAGUACCUAGACGCUUGUAAAACGUAUUCCAACAACAUUUACACAGCCAUCAAAUCACACAUGAUGCCUUCUGCGACCACUACAAGCUGUGCUGAUCAACAACACAUGAUGCAUUACAAAAUUCGAGCAGUCCUCGUUCAGAUCAACCAUUGCCCUCGGUUUUCCAAAGCCUUCCUCCUUCAGCAGUUGACACGUCAUAGGUGGCCUGGGCUACCUGAUGAGUGGAAGUCCUGCAUCAUCACGUAUGGACUCUCGAUAACGACACUACAGUGGGCGCAGAGACUGGUCAGCACAGUUGGGGAUCGCAAUGACCUCAUUCGAGAGCUCCAAACCCCCGGUCACAGUAACUGGAAUCCGCAUGAGUUCCCAGAGUCCCUUUUGUUGGAGAUCGAAAACGGGAUUCUUAUUCGAGAUGUCCAGGAGCAAAUGGCCAAAGAGAUGAGAGAGUGUAGUCCUGGACAAAACGCCGUGAUGCAGCUAAACAUGGGUGAAGGCAAGUCAUCGGUGAUCGUGCCGAUUGUGGUGGCUGCCCUUGCACACGGCGCUUGUCUAGUUCGUGUGCUAGUAGCAAAACCACAGUCUCGGCAGAUGCUCCAGAUGCUAGUCUCGAAACUGGGGGGUCUUUUGGGUCGGAGAGUGUAUCUCAUGCCAAUUUCACGUUCCCUACAGCUGUCGGAAACGGAGAUACGAGAGCUGGAGAGCAUGUGUCGGGAGUGCAUGGCAAACGGUGGUGUGCUCCUCGUCCAGCCAGAGCAUCUUCUCUCCCUAAAGCUGAUGUGCAUUGAGUCCUUUGUCACUGGUAAAGUAUCUGUGGGUCGUGCCCUUCGAACAGUGCUACAGCUAUUCAAGGGGUUUUCGCGAGACGUUGUGGAUGAGAGCGAUGAAAAUUUCAGUGUCAAGUUUGAGUUGAUCUACACCAUGGGAUCCCAACGCCCUCUUGAGCUCAGCCCGGAGAGAUGGGUUAUCAUACAACAACUGUUGAGCCUAGUGAGAAUAUAUGCCCCAGGCCUGGAAGGGGACUUUCCUGCAUCCAUAGAGGUCUCUGAGGAAAGGCCUGGGGGUUUUCCAGGGGUACGGCUGCUUCGGGGUGAUGCGGAGGAAGCACUCCUCCAGCGGAUCGGACAGCAUAUUUGCGAAAAUGGUAUUCACUUUUGCCCGGUGGCCAGGCAACCAGAGUCAGCAAGAACCGCGGUUUUCCGCUAUUUGCUGGAAAAGCAGCCACCUGCUGAUUCCAUCAAGGCAGUUGAAAGCAACACAACGGGGCUUUGGACUGAUACCACCAGAGGGCCCCUUCUUUUGCUGCGAGGACUCUUGGCUCAGGGUGUGCUCGCAUUCUGUCUCGGCCAAAAACGAUGGCGUGUCAACUACGGGCCAGAUGCGACUAGGAAGCCUCCUACCAAGCUCGCCGUACCAUACCGCAGCAAAGAUAGCCCUGCUCCUCGAUCGGAAUUUAGUCACCCAGAUGUUGUUAUCAUCUUAACCUUACUCAGCUACUAUCGCUCUGGUCUUCAUGAUGAUGAGCUUUACAUGGCAUUCAGGCGACUGGCAAAAUCCGACCAAGCGGACACGGAAUACCAUGCGUGGGUAGAAGAUGCACCAACCCUCGACCCUACAUAUCACCAUUUACCUGGAGUCAACCUCGAAGAUCACGACCUUUGUCUAAAACAUAUUUUCCCCUGUCUCCGGUUUGCGAAGUCGGUCAUUGACUAUUUCGUUGCCCAUUUCGUUUUUGCAAAGGAGUUGAGAGAAUUUCCAGAGAAGCUGUCUGCGUCCGGAUGGGAUAUAGGAGAAAUUAGAACGCAUCCAACGAUCGGCUUCAGUGGGACAAACGACUCCCGGGAGACCCUCCCUCUUACCAUAAGGCAACUAGACCUUCUGGAGCAGCGUCAUACUAAUGCUCUGGUUCUGGAUUAUCUACUUCAGCCCGAGAACUCCGUUGCGAUCAUUCCAACGCAGAAAAACUCCACCACCUACUCGCACACCAUCAUUGAUAUGGUACGGAAUCUAAAUCUCCCGGUCCAGGUGAUUCUCGAUGUAGGAGCUCAGAUCCUAGAGCUCAACAAUCUGGAGGUGGCAGAGUACUGGUUGAGAAUGACGCCAGAUAAUGGCGGGGUUCAAGCUGUCGUGUUCGUCAACGAGAGCGACGAAAUUUGUGUUCUUGAUCGACAUGGCCGUGUGGACUUGCUGCAAAUUUCUCCAUUCGCCAAGCAGCUCGAAACAUGCAUCAUCUUCCUCGAUGAGGCCCACACACGGGGCAUUGACCUGAGACUUCCACCAGCAUAUCGUGCCGCUGUCACGCUUGGACCAGCGAUUACUAAAGACAAGUUAGUUCAAGCAUGCAUGCGGAUGAGGAAGUUAGGCAAGGGCCAGUCAGUGCUUUUCUGUGUGCCAGAAGAGAUAAAAGCCAAAAUUCACUUGGUAACCAGGAAAGAAUGUGGCGCCAGGAUUGAGGUAUCGGACAUUCUUCGGUGGGCCAUAUCAGAGACGUGGUUUGAUCUACGACGUAGUAUGCCGCUAUGGGCGGUGCAAGGCGAACGAUUUGCUUAUCAAUCACAGUUGUGGCGCAGUAUCGAUCGGGAUAGUACACAGACCAUGUCCGUCGACCAAGCGCAUGCCUUCCUCGAGCCAGAGUCAGAAUCCCUUGAAUACCGAUACCGGCCAAAGCAGGCACGCAUUCCGUUCAUAUUGUCUCGGCUAGAACGGGAUGAGACUGUUGACCUCAUACAGACAAGAUGUCGACAGUUUGACAAUCUUGAUUUCACCUCUACCCAGCUACAAGAGGAACAGGAGCGUGAGCUGGCGCCCGAAAUUGAGCAAGAACGGCAGGUCCAGCGGCCACCUUCUGCAAAGCCAGCACGGCACUAUGUACAUCAGGAUAUUGUUUCUUUCGUGUCCACCGGCAUCCUCAAACAGCCCUCAGAUGCCUACGAGGCUGCGUUUCACACAUUAAGAGAUACGUCAGCUGCAGCACACUUAGAUAUCUCGCAAUUCCCCCAUGGUCUGCUCGUUACAGCCGAUUUUGCCAGAACGGUCCAAGUUCCAGAUGGUUCACACUUUGCGUCAGAUCUAUAUCAGCGCUCGGUGCAAUGGGUUCUAACGAGCACGGGUCACCCUUCCUCAGGCGACACAGUCGUGAAAAGCAUGCUGGUCAUCAGCCCCUUCGAGGCUAAUCAACUUCAAGCAAGGGUUAAAGCGUCCAUAGCGGUUCGGAUGCAUCUGUAUGCUCCACGUCAAAUUCAAGGGUACUCCUCACUGGACAGCCUGACACUCUACACUACCCCAGGGGGGUCUAGCAUAGUCGAGAUUCCCACGUUGUUCAGACUACAGCUCAACCUAUUUGCAGGGCAGUUAUACAUCGGAUCAUACAGCGAAUAUUGUGAGAUAUGUGAUUUCCUUGGCGUGGCGUCUUGCAAAACGCCCGAGCAUCUAACCGUGGCAGCGGAUGGUUUCAUAAUUGAGGGCCAUAAAGAAUCGAGAUCAACCUUUCACCAAAGUCCACUCAAAUUCUUAAAGGUCCUCCUGUCGCAAAUUCGGAGAGAUGGACAGGAGAUCGAUAAGACACAUCUGGGCAAGAUCCUAGAUGGAACAUUGCUGCAUCCGGACGAGUUCCAUCAGCAUCACAUGCAAGCACAGCAAAAUCAAGUAUCUGAGUAUUGA